UCGGAUCCUGGAUACAAAGUCACGAAUACAUUAUCAGGUACGACACCAAGCCUACGUGUAGCAGCUUUGAAUUAUUCUAUUUCCAAUUCAUCCGAAGAUCAUCAAAUCAUGUCUCAUACACUCCUUCCUCAGAUCCCUGAGUUGUACUCGUUACUGAACUACAAAGACAUCAUCAUCAGCCAUGUACCCUGCGAUGCUCCAGCCGUCACCAAGGUCAUCGUCGUGACUCUCAACCGUCCACAAAGACACAAUGCGGUCAACGGAAAUAUUCUCGAAGCGUUGAUCUCUGUAUUCAAUGUCAUCGACAAUGACGACCGCGUCAGGGCUGUCGUGUUGACCGGCGCUGGCAAGUCUUUUUGUGCAGGAAUGGACCUUUCAGAGGGCCCAGAGGGCUUGAUGAAGAUCAAACAAAAUCCGGAUGCGAUGAACCAGUGGAAAGACACGGGUGGGCGUGCAGCUCUGGCGAUUUCGAGGUGCUCAAAGCCAACCAUCGUCGCCGUCAAUGGAGGCGCGGCAGGUUUCGGAGCUACCUCCAUUUUGUCUGCCGUAAUCCGAGUCGCUUGGAAAGAUGCCAAGAUCAAUCUACCGUUUGCACGACGCGGAUUAACGAUGGAGUCCGUCAGUGCCUUUUACCUCCCAAAGCUUGUCGGCCUUUCAAAUGCGAACCACAUUGUCACAACGGGAAACACAUAUACGGCUUCCGAUCCUAUCGUCAGUGGGCUAUUUUCCAAGUUGCUACCUACUCCCGAGGAAACUGUGAGGUGUGCCAUCGAGCUUGCUACCGGCAUUGCUGAGAAUACCUCCAUCACAAGUACUAAGUUGAUGAGGGACAUGAUGUUGUACUGUCCUGAUACACCGGAGGGGACCCAUGACUUGGACUUCGAGGUGUUCAUCACUUCCUUUGGAUCCAAGGACAACAUAGAAGGGUUGACAAGUUUUAUGGAGAAGAGAAAGGCAGAGUUUUCUGGGGGGUUUAAUAGGAGUGCUUCGCCAUUCCAUCCUUCGUGGGAAUCAAUGACGUUGAAAGCAAAGAUUUGAAGGCGUCGUACGAUAAAGUGGCUAUAGUUAUCUACGUUCACGGAUUGGGAUUGGAGAGAUUGCAGCUUCUAGGUA